AUCGAAAAUUCGUCAUUUACUCUGCGUCUGCGGUUAAGGGGUCCACCAAUUAUGUGAACUUUGUAGAAGGCAGUAAGACAUCAAGCGUAGAGCUAGAAGGACAAGGCAUCUUCUGGCUGGAGUGGCUAAACAGUUCCAGCAAACCCGAAGUAAGAUCCGGUGAUUUUUGGAUGCCGGGGAAUCACGUCAACACACCGUUCCGCGUCUUGGGAUAUAGAUCCGACAAGAUCCACUUCCAAAUGAUGAAUGAUGAAUACGAUCGCGUUAAGCACUGGGUUAUGAGGAUCUACAAGUUUUCGGACUUUAAGAAGGUGUUCAUCGAAAACGUGACUGGGAAUUCAACCGACGUGUUGAAGGAAAACCUUUCACCAAACGACUGUUAUAUAUUCGAGCUGUUGCCCGUAUUUUGGAGUUCCAUUAUUAAAUACAAGGCCGAGAUGUAUACGGAUUACAUGCGUUGUGCUAUCAUCAGGCAAGGUUUUCCUGGAAGACCACUGCACCUCAACCAGCCUCUGCCAGACGCGAUAAAGGUGACAGUAUCUGUUGUUUUUCUGCUGUUGGUGGUUUUGGUGACAACAGCGUCCUUUGUCAUCGUAAGGAAACUGAUUGCGAGAGAUGCAGCCAUAUUAGCAAAGGACGAUGAAGCGAGGAUGCUCUACAGCCAAGCGACACGGACAGAACUCCUGGUGAUUCACGCCCGCGAACCGAUGUACCGGCUUCACCACGACCACACGCUGCGCCUCAUGGAUCAGCUGAGAAUUCACUGCAACGCCAGGGUGCAUGACAUCUGGGAUUGCAGAGACCCCCGCCGGCUGCAGGACCCGAAUGGCUGGCUUCAGUGCGUCUUGGCCCACACCUCGGACGUCAAGAUCCUUCUGGUUGCGUCCCCGCGUGUCAUCUCCGUUAUGAAAGCCAUCAUUGACCGCCGCGGCCAGCAAGAUUUGGUCGAUCUCGAAAGGGGAAGCAAGGAAAAGGGUUUCCUGCAGAUGGUUUCCAGCAUCAGGAAGCUGCUGGAUAGGGAUCUCUUUGAUAAUUAUGACCGUGUCUACGUUGUCAGAUUCAGCAAUUUAUGGGACAAAGACGAAGAUAUUCUCAGCGUCAUAACCGGGAGUCGACGAUUCUGUCUACCGGAACAUACCGAAAAUCUGUUCGAAGAAAUUGGUUAUGAGAACAAUUAGGUGAUUAGAUCCUAAAUAUUAGAUACUAAACUGGUAAAUAGAGUAAUUACGAAAUUAGAUUGACUAUUAAAAGAUUUGAUCAGUCAUUUAACUGGUGCUUUGAGCAAUUAGGAGAUUAGAUUCAACAUAAAACUGGUGGCUAGAACGUUUAGGAAACUCGAAUAAUAAAACUAUUCCCAGAUACAUCAUCAUAUUGUGAAACCGAUCCUACUUUUCUUUGGUAAAUGUGAGAAUGAAAAUGAUUUAGUCUCCUUGGAUUAUGCAAUAAGCGCAUUAAUUUUCUUUCUUUCUUUUUGUGUAUAUGGAAUUUAUGAUCAGAUGUGUCCCAAUUGGUUUUAAUUUCAUGUCCUCGGCUUUCAUGCUUCGUUCAGAAAAAGAUUUUGUUUCAUGAAUACCAAUGUACACAUGUAUUACACUGUGAUACUGAUAAACAUUAAAUAUAUUAUAUCAUAGAAA